AUGAUAACAGAAUUAGUCAACAUUUAUGCGAAAAAUAUUUCUUUUGAGUUAUGUUCGCUGGAUGGUUUUUCUUCUUGUGCUAUGCUUCACGAUAAUGAACUUGCCUUUAAGGAGGUUCAUGACAUAUUUUAUGUUAAGCUAGACAUGUUGGAAAACCAUCCAGUAAUGCCAGAA